UGCUGAGUAAAUUUGCGGCUCCGAACAUUUGUCCUAGUAAGCAAUGCAGGGCGAAGUCGGCGAAUCCCGUAAACACCGAACGUCCCAAGCCAACAAACAGCACUCGAGUCGCCUCCCUAACCGAAAAUUUGCUCCUUCAAGAACCCGCAGGCGUACACGACACGUCUGCAUCGACCUUUCUCACCUUUUCCCUCCAGCUCCGCCACGACGUCCACAGCAUUCUAACCCCGCUCCCGCGAAAGUCGCUCGGCCUGGUAGUGCAAAGAGGCACUGCUCUUGUAUCACAUUCCGCCGACGAGGCAGGUUUACGACCGCCUGCUGCCUGCCGGCGGUUCGUCGCGCUUCGACUUCGAUUUCUCCGCCCAGGGCGCCCAGAGGCCAACGGCCGCUGGGAGCAAUCGCCACGAAACGGCGCAGACGAGCUAAAUGGAUUUGCAUAACGCCACCAGCGUUCUGGAAGAUCUGCCUUCCGAUGCUUUCGAUCUCGACGAUUUCGAGCAACCCCGGUCAGUGAGCGAUUAUUCAAGCUGGCCCGCGGAAUCAUCGCCGGAUCCGUGGGAGCAACAGGAGGAAGACGUCGAGUAUUCCGAGGACGAGCUUGACCAAGACUUCGAGGAGCACGACGAGGAAGACGAGGAAUCUAGCGCACACGGAGAGGCCGUGUACAACGACGAGGAGGAGGACAUCGACAUUGAUUACGAGCCGUUUGCAGCUGAGGGGGAGGACGGCGACGAAAUACGCUCUCUAGAAGACCACUUUUGGGGCGAGGAAGGCUUAUUCGACCAGGGCGCUGAAAACGGCAGUCAACGUUCCUCCAGCCUCUCGCCAAUUCCCGGCUUCGCAGCUUUUCUCGCAGAACUACAAGCUCACCAAAACGCCGACCGACUUUCUGAAGCGCCGUCCGAAUCGCUUUUCGUGGACGACGGUCCGGAUCUUCUCCCGCCCAUCGACUCGAUUAUUUCCAGUGUUAGGCGCACAAUGUCAGAGAUACAGCAAGGCCGUAGGAACCAGCUGUUGCGGUCUCUUGAGCAGAGUCGGUCGUCUGCAAACUCGCUGGGAAGACUUGGAGCACUGGGACGGUCGCGGGAAGGCAACCGACAGGAUCACCGGCAUCAUCCAUACAACAUGCCUCGGGAAGCAGCUAGAGAGCACUACAGGAUGGAUGACCAGGAAAACAACCGAAACAAUCGCCAGGCGCACGAUGAAUUGGUCGCAAUGGUAGUGCGCCCGGUUCGCUCGAGGAUCUCCCGACGUCGAAGCCAGGCACAGCCAGAGGUUAUCGAUCUGACAGCCGAGCCCGAUUCACCUGUGUUAACGCGGGCUCCUGAUCCUCCCCAAGGGCGCGUUCCAAAUGCGUCGAGCGCGUCACAAAGCUCUGCAAGAAACCCGCGUCGGCAGUUGUCCCUCAGCCAGCGCACGCCUUCUCUUUCCCGCAGUGAUGCAAGCCUUAUCGGGAACAAUCCAAAUUUCAUUGACCUGACGGGCGAUGAUCCGCCACCCCCGCCACCUCUUCCCCAGCAACUUCCACGACGCGAUUGGAAUCAUCCCGAUCAUCGCGCCCACCCUCAGCGUCGCCAGCAUAUCGCUUCAUCCCGCUCCCCGGCUAUCGACCUAGUCAACGACAGCGACAACGACGAUCUUCGUCGCAGUUUCGUUGGCUUUGUGCGUAGGGCCCAAAAUUUCAACAUUUUCCAGCGGUUCAUUCCCCACGGGCUCGAUGUCCUCCAGAUUGGUGGCCACGGUCUCAAUAUGGACAACCCGCUUGCAGACAACAUUCCCAAUCUUAACUACCGUGCAAAUGGCAACAACGUAGGCCUCGGCGCGUCGAAGCCAGAUCAUGUGCCUCCCUCGCCAGCACGCGAAGGCUUCACUCGCAACACUGGACCUGAUACUGUGGUGGUCUGCCCCGGCUGUGGCGGGGAAUUGAAGUAUGACCCCGACUCGGGCGCUGAGGAUGCGUUGUCCCCGCGCCCGAAUAAGAAGGCGAGGACGAAGAAGGAUCAGGAAGAGCACUACUUCUGGGCACUCAAGGAUUGCGGACAUGUGUACUGCAAAGAAUGCUACGAGAGCCGCGGCCUCAAAGCUGGCCGAAAGGGCCACGAAGCGCACUUUCGUCGUGACGCCGAGAACAAUCGCAAGGUCUUCUGUGCGGUUGAGGGCUGUUCCACCGAGGCUAACAACAAGCUGAACUGGGUCGGCCUUUUCCUGUGAGCCGGGUUUCACGCUGACCGCCGUUCUAUAUCAUGAUAUCCUCUCUUCUCUCCAUCAGCACAUG